AUGGAUUCCAUGACUCCUGAUUUGGCUAUGGAAACUAGAUAUGAAAUUACGAAUUUAUUCAGAAAUAUACAAAGAAAAGAAAGAAACCGCAGUAUUCCUAGCAACUUGUCUGAGUUUCUUUACCAUAGGAACCAGGAGCCAUCUGCGAGUUCUGGGUCUAGAGCAUAUCACGAGGACACAUUAACUCCAAUGACUAGUGUCGCAUCGCCACAAAACGAUACUGGAAUUUUGACCAAAAUGGCAGAGGAAAGUGGUGAAAGAAGACUGAGAUGUAUGUUGCACGACGUAUUAGAAAAUUCUUCGGAUGAAGCAAGCUUGACAGAAGACUCUCAUCAUUGCAGCGAACACAAUUUGGAAUCUGAUACAGAGCUGGAGGUCAAUGACUAUCAAGUGGCAAGUGACAGUGAUUCAUCGGAUGAAAAUACCCCUCUUGCAUCUCUGAGGUCACGCUGCUCAGCUGCCCAAGUUCAUGCGCCUCAUUACAAGUCCAAAGAUGGUCAAACAUGGUAA